ACAAAACAGUUUCACUUGCCUAUAAAUUGCGCGACAAUAAGGACCAACAAGUCAUCGACACACUGAGUAGAGAUACCUCCCUUGCAGAAACUGGUGUGUCCAACAAAACCCUAGAUUUCAAUAUCUUCUUUCAGUUCUGCAACUCGUCCAGUAUCAAGAAAGUCCAGCUACCAAAUCCGAUCAUGAAGGUGAUAUUUGCGCUCUUCAUUGUGCUCAUGCUGACCACAGCAGCUCUACAAGCCGAUGCAGAGCGUCAGCUCAGCGAUGCGAGCAUGGGCCGCAAAGCUAGUGCUGGUGUUAGUGAUGCCACCGUUUCUACUGACAGUGCCGCUACUACUGCUGCUACUUCAAGCAAAACUACGAGAUCUCUGAGCGAUACAAGUGCUUCCACUCCUGCUGCUGCUGAUGCUACAAGCGACGCGGACGCUGAAAACGGGCCCCUAAAACAUGAGAAGAACGAUGGUUAUGGUAGCUACUCGAGUGCUCCGGCCAGCACCAAUCCCGAUAAUUCUCACCAUGAGAUAAGAGCGGGGCCAAUAGAAGUCUGAACUGAAAGUCGAUAGGCUUUUGCGUGUACCCUCUGAACCACCAAAAAAGAAAAAGAGAGAAAACCUUUUGUGUAGCCAUACUGUCUAUUGUGUGAUUUAUAGGUAUGCUGCAACAUUAUAUGUAGUCAACUGGCUCUCAGCCCAAACUGCUAUGUAAUGUAUCGUGCGUGUACUCAAGAUUGACGAAUAAAGAAACCUAGCCGUAGCUUGGUUUUGUGCGGUAA